CCCGACUCACUCAUACAUCCCGUAUCAGCCAUUGUUUGCAGGCAUUGACUGUGCAUACACUCAAUAAUGGCGUCAAAACGCGCUUUGCGGGCCCUUCAAUCGGCCAUUCCAGCCUCACAGCCCUUCACACGAACAGCAGCUGUCCAAUGCCGAUAUCAGUCCAGCUCGACCAGCGCCCUAGCGUACAAGGCACUCCACCGCCGGAUCGCACCUUUACCUACCACACAGUCGGCCGUAUCCUCGAUCUCGCCCGCCGCAGCUGUGAGCUCCAUCCUCUACGAAACCCCCAUCCCCGACAAGACACCGCCGAAACGACAUGUCCUCAACUGUUUGGUUCAGAAUGAGCCUGGUGUGCUUUCGCGCGUCUCUGGUAUUCUUGCAGCAAGAGGGUUCAACAUUGACUCACUCGUAGUCUGUUCUACGGAGGUCGCUGAUCUUUCGCGCAUGACCAUUGUGCUCCAAGGACAGGACGGUGUUGUUGAGCAAGCUAGGAGACAACUGGAGGAUCUUGUUCCAGUCUGGGCUGUACUAGACUAUACCGCAGCACCCCUCGUGCAGCGUGAACUGCUCCUCGCCAAGAUUAGUAUUCUUGGGCCGGAGUAUUUCGAAGAGCUACUCGCACACCACAGAGAAAUGGCAGGGGACGCCGACCCACCUAUGAUCCCAUACGAGGCAGGGACUGGUGCAGAUGGCCAGCCUGAGCCACUUGAUGGCGAUGUAGAAAAUGUGAUAGACCCAGGUUUCCACCCACGCAAUCUCGCACCCUCAGAAGCUCUGCGACUCAAGCACCAGCACUUGGAGACUAUCACAUACCUCACACAUCAAUUCGGCGGCAAAGUGCUGGACAUCUCGACGAACAACUGCAUUGUCGAGCUCUCUGCCAAGCCUACCAGGAUCGACUCGUUCAUGAAGCUUAUCUCGCCUUUCGGUAUCCUUGAGUCGGCACGAACAGGUCUGAUGGCACUCCCAAGAUCUCCACUUGACGGAGCUGAAGCAGCAGAGACCAAGGAGGUAGAAGAGGUCAUGGACGCGGCCUCGCUGCCCCCAUCAUAGUCUGCUGGUUGGAAGCGUGACUAUCCGCCCUCCAAGAUUUCUGGUGUUUCGGCCCUGCGCUUUUUGGUCGAAAGCUGUCUUUCGAUGUAUUGUUCUAGCAUAGCUCGGCGCCUGAUGGCGUCUCAGGAUCUGUAUCACAGGAAGCUCUCGCGAGCGUCAUAUGGGAUCGGUCGGUGCGGUGGAUUGAAUAAUGCAUUUUUCGGCUUUUUGAC